GGGACACUCUAUCAGACAGACUCUCUCACUGGUGGAUUUCUCUUUGACUCGUUCUUUUGCCGCGGGUUCAUCGUAUUACGUUCGUAUUUUCUCUGUACACCAAACAACUUUCUGAGACCAAGAUGAACAAAUUCCUGUGUCUCUGUGUGGCACUGGGGGCGAUGUUUGCUGCAGGUGAGUCUCUGGUCUGUAACACCUGCAAAGUUGGGAUUGCAGGAACCUGCCUGUUCAGCUCCACUGUGACGUGCACCGACUCAGAGCCAAACUGCUACCGCGGAAAUCUGGCUUUCAACGUCAGCGGUUUGCUGAGCCUGCAGACCAGAGGCUGCCUGGACACCACCUCCUGCAACAAAACCCAGACGGGGACCCUCCUGACUGCUGGGUACACCGUCACCAAGACCUGCUGCAGCACCGACCGCUGCAACGGAGCCACUUCCAUCCAGCUCCCUCUGACUGCAGCUGUGGGCGCCGCCCUGCUGGCCAUGUGGAGCACCUGGGCUUACUAGGAAAGGAGGAUCCCGCUCAUCUUCGGGUGUAGUUCUUGUAUGCAAAGGGAUUAAAAACAGGUUUUACCAAGAUGGCUUAGAUAAAACAGUGCCCUAUCCAGCAGCAUCACACAAGCUCCCACAUUGUGAUACUCAUGAUGUUAUGCUCUGUGAAAUAUUUUGAUUCUGACAGAACAAACUCAACAUGGAGGCACAGUGCAAUAGUAGUUUGUUAUAAAGAGAAAUUAUUCAUAUGAUCUGAUCAUCUAUCUCGGAGCCAUCUGAGAAUGGUUAAUUAAAUGUAUGUGUCUAUAUUCAGCUUCUUUUGCUUUGGUAG